CUCCUUUCAAGGCGGGAAAUUUAUAUUGACGAAAUAUUCUUAUGUUGAAAAAAAAAACAUCAACAUAAACUGGUUUAGAAGAAAAAAUCUACGAAAUAUUACAUUUAGUCUUCCGAAUACCGGUAGAAACUGAAAUUAAAACGCGCAUGCGUAGUCAAUGUAAACCUAUUUCGAAAUUUCUCGUCUUCAAGUGAAUUAUUUUAAGCUGAUAAAUAUGAAAUACGAAGCUCUGCAGAUGAUGGAUCGCGAUGAUCUCAUUGUUUCAUCUAGUGCAAAUGGCGAUUUGAAUCAUUUAAAAUUACUUCUGCAAAGUGGUCGUCAUCCCGACGAAAGGGACGAAAAGGGUCGAACAGGUUUGCAUUUAGCUGCUUCACAUGGUAACGAAGAUGUUUUAAGACUACUGUUAGAAAGUGGUGCUGAUGUGGACGCAAUAGAUACAUUUGGCAAUACACCUUUACAUUAUUGCGGUCAUGUGGAAACUAUACAAUGCCUAAUAGACUUUGGUGCUGAUAUUUUUCAGACGAAUAAAGUUGGUCUGUCAGCAUAUACAUUAAUGAAAAGACGGAGAGUGGAAAAGGAAGCGUUAGACAUUCUAGAAAAGAAUAUAGAAUUUGUCCAAAAGCUUUCCUCCUCGGAGGAUUUAGAGCCAUUACUUCCUCAAUCUAUCCACUGUCGACACAAUAAAACUGUUACAACUCUCUUUAGGGAAUUCUACGAUGAUUUAGGACUAUGUAAAAUAAUAACCACAAUAGUUGUGCUCCUCUGUUUAUCACUUAUUGUAGCUUUUGCAGCUACGGGUGUUAAUAAUGCUAGAGUAUCAGAAAAAAUAUCGGUUGUAAGCCCAAACGAUAGCGUAAAGGUGGAAUUAUGACUCGGGGCUAAUCAAACGAAAGUUUGAUUAUGAAAAUAAUAAUGACAUUUUAGAAAAUAUUAAUUAUUUUCUGAAAUUCCACAGCAAAUAAGCUAAAACUACCAAAUAAGAAAUUUAAUUAUACGAACAGUAUAUUACUAAUAGUGAAAAAAUGAUGUUUAUUCUGCAGCCAUUGAUUCUCUCUCUCUCUCUCUCUCUCAUUAAUAUAUAUAUAACUGUAUACUGUAUAAAAAAACGUGAAUGGGGUAUGUAUAUAUGUAUAUUGAGAUGCUCUAAGUAUGCCUAGUUUUUUUAAUUAAACUAAACGGAAAGAAGCUAUUUAAUCAAGUCAGCUAGGGUCUUGUUCUUUUCUAUAAAGGAAAAUCUAAACCAUUCCAGUCGAAGAGCAGGCUAUUUAAUAAUAAAGCUUUCUUAAUAUACAUAUAUAUAUAUACAGUAUAUAUAAAUUUAUAUAUCCUUGUCUCAAUUUGAAAACUGCAUUAAACAGAAAUUAUGUGUGUUUUCUUUUUAAAACAAACAAACAAACAAACACUGUUCAAGUGUUUUGUUCGGGAAUGAUAGAUAUAACAAAUUCCUUGGUUAUUAUUUUUUUAAAUACUCUGUCGAUAACUGUAGAUUGUUUAAAAGACAUUAAAGAUGUUUGCCAGUGUUUCUAUCAGCACAAACCAUGUAAACCUGUAUUAUGUAGUUAGUAAAGCGUUCUUCUCUUUUUUACCAUGACUUGUACAGCAUAUAGAUGUAGUAUAUUUUUUUGUGGGUAAAAACUGUUUCAAGACUGACUGUAUCAAAAGAGAUAAGACUAUUUUACUGUUGAAAACUUGCUUAAGAAGAUAAGAAAAGGAAGAAGAAGAUGAAAAGAGAUACUUAAUUAAUAAAUUACAAACUAAAUUCUAUUUGUUGAUUAAUACUAGAGAUGUUUUAUUCCUUGCUCUUUGUUACAGUUGAUUCAACACUUAUUAUAUUAACUAUAAUUUCAGAUAAUAAUCAUGAAAUAGCUGAUUUUAAAUGGAUUGAUGUUGAAACUUAUUACUGUAAUAUUGUGACAGAAAGCAAAUCUAGCGCUUGUAUAGAUUAUAAUCAUAGCUAUUGGCUUAUUGUUGAUCCUUUACAUAGUAAAGUAAUUAAUAUUUUGUUAAUAUGAUUUUCUUAAAAUGUACUCUAUUUUUUUUCUUGUUAAUAAACAAUUAAUUAAGGAUCAUGGAGCUGAAAUUCGAUUAUUUUGCAGUACAAAGAAGGGGAAGUCAAGAGCAGAAAAUCUUUUAAAACCUAAUUUUCAGAAGAAUAGAGAAGGAUUAUUAAUUAAUUUUAAGCCCUAUUUCUCAUUGAAAAUCUAUAAUUGCGGUAUUGAGAGUAUAUCUUUGAUCAAAGUCCAGUCGAAGGUUGACACGUAUCGAGUACCAAUGGAAGAUUUCGUACUAGUUAAUAGUAAAAUACCUUGUAGUUAUAAUAAAUUCCAAUUGAUAAGAGUUAACGCAUUAAUAUACAAAUAUAAUGAAGAUAUUGUUGGCAUUUCGUCGUUUCCUUAUAAAGUGAGAAGAAAACAUUUACUAAGUAAUCUCCUAGAACCUUGCGAUACUGAUCAAAAUUUACACUU